AAGGUCCGUCUAACCAUCCAAAUGCAUGGCCUGACAACAUGCUGUCCAUGGAGCAAGGACCUCGAGGUUCACAAAACAGGCAACUAGUUAGGAAUUCUUUGGAUGAUCUUCUGUAUGCUGCUCCAAAUGUUGAUGGCCAAAGUGAUGAAAGGGCUCUUCUAGAUCAAUUGCAUACAUUGCUGAGUAACACAGAUGUCACAAGCCUUGAAGAAAUUGAUAGGGCCUUAGGAAUUCCUGAUCUUGUAAAUCAAGGGCAAGCUUUGGAACCCAAGCAAGAAUCAUUUCAUGGCCAAGAAUCUACUGUAAUGAUUGACCAGAAGCCUCCAGUAUAUGGUCAGCCAUACCAGGGCCAGGGAGCUCCCCUGCCAGGGGGUUUUAGUAGCGUGCAAGGCCAACAGGCAGCCUUUAACUCUGUGAUGAAUCAGAUGAAUCAGCAGGGCAGUUUUCCAAUGCAAAGUAUGCAUCCCCGAGCAAAUGUCAUGAGGCCCAGAACCAACACACCAAAGCAACUUCGGAUGCAGCUCCAACAGAGACUUCAAGGGCAGCAGUUUUUGAAUCAGACUCGUCAAACACUUGAUAUAAAAAUGGAGAACCCCAACCCUGGUAGUGCAUCAGUGAUGAGACCUGUUAUGCCCCCACAAAUGGGAUCACAACAAGGCUUCCUUAAUGCUCAGAUGGUGGCGCAGCGAAACAGGGAGAUAAUAAGUCACCACAUCCGACAACAAAGGAUGGCCAUGAUGAUACAGCAGCAACAGCAGCAGUCUCAAGCCUUCAGUCCUCCCCCAAAUGUGACCACCUCAGGAAGCAUGGAUGGUGCUGUUACAGGCCCUCCGAUGGCUCCAGUCCCAUCCCAGCAAUUUUCAUACCCAGCCAAUUAUGGAAUGACCCAGCAGCCAGACCCUGCCUUUAGCAGGGUAUCAAGCCCACCCAAUUCCAUGAUGGCUCAAAGAAUUGGACCCACACAAAAUCCCAUGAUGCAGCAUCCUCAGGCUGCACCAAUGUAUCCAACUCCUGAAAUGAAGGGCUGGCCAUCAGGAAAUAUGGCCAGGAGCAGUUCUUUUCCACAGCAACAGUUCAGCCAUUCAGGGAACCCUGCAGCUUACAACAUGAUGCACAUGAACAGCAAUGGUGGUCACAUGGGACAAAUGAAUAUUAAUACUAUGCCCAUGUCAGGAAUGCCCAUGGGUCCAGACCAGAAAUACUGCUGACAUCUCCAGCUAUGAUCUCCUAAGAGGCUGAUGCCAUAGAUGAUGGUGAACUAAGUAUUACAAAAAAAAAAAAGUGCACGUGAACUUCAUGGCAACAUGUAGCCUUAUGGAAAUACCACUUCUUUUUACCGUGAAGAUGUCCUAAGUGACUUCAUGAGUUAUGGACCUUUGGGUGGUGAGGGAUAGGAGGAGGAGUAGAAGCAAAGUAUCACUGUAUAAUGUACAAAAAGAAAAGAGAAAGGGUGAUUUUUUUUUUGGCACUCUGCCUUUAGCAAAGUGCGUUUGGCAACGCCAUUUGAGUAAAUGUGUUGGAUAGACAUGGUGUGUACCAGUUCUAUUUACUGUAGCUAUCCAAAGCCCUUUAACUACAGGCAGACCAAAGUGCCUGGAAAAUACUUGGUAAUAGUCUUGAGUUCUCUAGUAAGAGCCUCUGAUAGAAUGUAGUUUCUGGCCUUGAUUUAAAAACAAAACAAUGCUCUGAACAUUCAUGCUGCUGUUCAAUCUCACUCCCAGGUGUCGGAACUCUGAUGUGCAAGUGGCAAUGCAAAUGAGCUGUUGCAGCCUCUGAAUCACGCUCUUUGGCGCCAAAGGGGUAUGCAGAGAUUAAAUAUGUAUAAUCAUGAUAAAAGAUUUCCAUAUUGAUGUGCAGUUUUGUGCACUUUAUAAAAUGCUGUAUGUAGUGGGUUACUGCAAUACCUAUAAUAAUGAAUCAAUGGAUAUUAAAGUAGGCAAGUUCUUGCCCCCUUUCAAGCCCA